CUAACUCCCUCUUAAAUAUAGCCAAUGAACUGGCCUCAACUACCUUUUGUAGCAGAGAAUUCCACAGAUUCACCACUCUCGGUGUGAAAAAUGUUUUUCUCAUCUCGGUCCUAAAAGAUUCCCCCCUAAUCCUUAAACUGUGACCCCUUGUUCUGGACUUCCCCCAACAUCGGGAACAAUCUUCCUGCAUCUAGCCUGUCCAACCCCUUAAGAAUUUUGUAAGUUUCUAUAAGAUCCCCUCUCAAUUUUCUAAAUUCUUGUGAGUACAAGCCGAGUCUUUCCAGUCUUUCUUCAUGUUUGCCCUUUCUGGUUUUAAGCAUCCGAUCAUAAUUUGGUGAUGAACUGCUGUGGAAAGGACCAAGCAAUUUGUUUGAUGGGGAAGUGCUGCGUUAUCGAAUCGAGUCGUUGUCAAGGUACCUUUGCCCUACAUACUUUUGUGAUAUUGUCUGUGCCUGAUGUUUAUGCUGGGUCCUUCAGAGGGAAAGUCCUGCACUUCUCAGCACCAGCAUGCAGGUUCUUGAGCCUUCGGCUGAUUGUUUUCCAUUCUACGACCAGUUCAUCUCAAGCUUUUACAGAGAGCAAGAUUGUUUCAUCUUGCUUCGUGUUGAUUCCGUUCACUCGUUAGCAUUUAGUAAGGCUGGCCACUUCCUUUCACGGUUUCCUCUUUCUCCAAGGGAGGAGGGUUCUCAGGUAGUUGUGACAGAGUGUGCAAGAUCUCUGACUGAAGGAAAUCACUUGCUUGCGAUUCUGCAGGCAUGAGAGCAUCAGACUGGGUGGCUGAGCACAAGCAGCAGCUGAAGGACUGAGACGAUGUAGAUAGAUCCGAGGCGAGAGCAGCAGGGGAUUUUAUUUUUUUUCCAUGCCUUCGGGUAAAAUGUCAGUGAUCGAUUCUGCAGUACACUAUCCUUGCUCAUGUGGUGCUCAAAGCUGUGAUCACUUCAAAGGAUACAGCGUUGUGGUGGUGAACCGUUAUGGACAAGUCGGAUUUUUUCACCAUUAUUUUCAAUGCUGCUGCGUGAUCUGGCACUGGAUGAAUUGUUAUGACCGGCGACUACGUAAAACUGGACCUGAACGGGAGAACAGCAGGAAUGAUCUAGUUACACCUCCAGCACGUUCACGAGUCAACGGUUGGACCUUACCUCUCCAUUCCUUCCAGUUAAUUGCCUGGGUGCUCUAUAUCUACCUGGCAAUUGUUGCCUUUGGAAUUUACAUACCAAUGUUGCCAUAUGCAUGGAAGUACGUUGGUUAUGCUAUAAUUGGGCUGUUCUUUGUGUAUCAUUUCAUUGUGCACCUGGUUGCUGUAUCUAUUGACCCAGCUGACAACAGCGUGCGGGCCAGGAAGAACUACAAUAUUCCGAUGCCAACUCUUGACCGAGCCAAGCAUCCCCAUGUCAUUCAGAACCAGCACUGCUACCUCUGUGAAGUGGAUGUAGGAAUGAAGGCCAAACACUGCAGCACUUGUAACAAAUGCAUUUCAGAUUUUGAUCAUCAUUGCAAAUGGCUCAACAAUUGCGUUGGAGGAAGGAACUACUGGUUUUUCUUCCACACGGUGGUGUCCGCAGUGCUCGGCAUCCUGCUGAUUGCACUAGUUAUCAUUUAUGUUUUCAUCCAGCAGUUUGUAAAUCCUGCAGAACUCCGCACGGCUCCACAGUUUAAAGAUGUUCAAGGAAACAACACAUGGUUAGCGUUUUUACCCAUUGCACCAGUGGAAACAUCACAAGCUGGGAUUUUAGGCAUCGCAGGAAUCACCAUUAUCCUCAGCCUUGCCUCGCUGAUGCUACUUGGUCACCUGCUGUGCUUUCACAUUUACCUGUCCUUGAAGAAGUUGAGUACUUACGAGUACGUUGUACGGGAACGUCACAAUCAGGACAUCCGGGACCAUGGGAACGAUCCUGAGUCUGCACAUACUGCAUCUGCUCGGAUGACCACUCUUCAGGGUCUACCUGAGGCCAAGUCUCAACCUGAAAUAGAGGUCACCACAUCCUCCAGAUUGAGUGGUUUAAAAUACCAAGAUCAAGGUCCGGUUGGCAGCAGAUUGCCCAAUGGAAUCUGUCUCGAGGCGUCCAGUGUUUCCACAACUAUAAGCUCCUCUCAUAGUGGUCAGUCAUUGAAUACGAAGAUCAAAAAUGGUUCGAAAGGGGCUUUUCACCUCGAUGAGACCAAGUUCGCUUCAGAGAGGACAUCCGCUGUGAGCUCCAUUCCUGAACCGCUGGAAAGCUCCGAAGGAAAGGUGCAGAAUGACCAGAAGAACUUCCAGGGAUCUCACCGGCAAAGCUUGGAGUCUAUCGAAGAGAUCCCAGUGGUGCAGAGCCCCCUUGGCAGCGCAUCGAUGGACAGCGGAUGCAAGGAAGGAAUGAGUAAUGCAGAGAAGUGUCUUGAUGCGUCCAACCAAAGUGUGCUCCCUGACAACGCUCCCAGCUCACUGGCAAACCAAAGAGACUCGACACAGCCAUCCACAAAAGCUAUGAACCAGCCAGCGGCAAGGACUUACUUGGUUACACAGGAUUCAGAAAGAGCUCAUCAGAAGCACAGCCAAUUAGCACAGCAGUCCAGUAAAGCUAGCCAGAAUAGUCUUGGAUAAAUUAAACUCUCCUCUUUUUUUUUUUUUUUUUUUUUUUUUUCCCCCCGCGCGGCCAGCCAUCACGGAUUUAAAACACCAAUGUUACUGGUGUCUUUUAAUAAUGAUUCAACAAUCAGCGAUGCAGUGUUUCUGGGUGGGAAAUUAUUUGCAUCGGAGGUUCCACUCCCUUUAUUUUCCUGUGAUAGACCUUUUCUGUUGAAGAGCGUGAAAACUAAUAAUCACUAGAGAUGAUUUUGGCUGAUGUGAACCAUGUGGGCUUCUGGAGAUUAUGGCGCCUCCUUUGUUGACAUAAGUGGAGUGGAACUCCCUCGCGUCCCCAGUCUCAAGCUUGGGACCCUGUGCCAAAUUCUGGCCAUGUUAUGGGGCAGUGACAUGACACCUGAGAAAUGGCACGAGACGUUUGCACACCUCGAUCCAUCUGCUGGAGGAGGGAGGGACCUGACCUUCUCACCAGGAAAGCCGGCCUGACUGUGAAGGGAGAGGACCGAAAUGGUUUCAUGUCUGAAGGAAGGCCCGCACCAAGGAAAAGAAAGGAAACCGACCCUCCUGGGAAUCGAUUCACUUUCUCCAAAGAACAUCCAAGGGGCCUUAAUUGUGGUCGUCCCGGGGAAACCCGGAAACUUUCUCCGAUCCAGCUUUUAACACUGAAACUGCGAUCCUGAAUUCUUAUCAAAAACUCGAGUUUAAAAAAUAUUAACUGCUUGCUUUUCCGUGUGUUAUCUGAGGCUGUCCCUCAGGGUUUAAGGAUGAAUUGCUACUACUUUAGGGUUGUGGGUGCUGAGGUGGAAGUUGGUUAAAGGUCACGGUGGGGACUGCUGGCUCUGCCUUAGAUGAGCAGGCGGUGAGUGAGUACUACGGUCCUUCAGCUGCUGAUAGGGAUGGGGGCUCCUGCUGGCCCCAAUGAAAAGACUUGAACGUUCUCAGUGCCCACUUGGGUACUCCUCCCGCAGUUUGACAGGUCACAGGCAGCAAUUCCCAUGGGUCAGUAAAUGCAUUCCAUCUUUUCCAUGGUAUAAAUAAUUUGAUUUUUAGCUUCAAGCACAUUCCACUUUGCCGAUGACCAAAACAGCUACGUACGUAAUAGGACAUGUGGAACACUCUCUUUGCAAUUUCUUUUAGUUAAUGUGUAUUUAAUAGUGUAAACCUGGUUGCAGAUUACAAGGAGACACAAGGAAUUGCAGAUGCUGGAAGCUUGAGUAUAUCACAAAGUGCUGGAGGAACUCAACGAGCAAAGCAGCAUCUCUGGAGGGAAUAGACGGACGACGUUUCGGCUCAGAGUCUGAAGAACGGUCCCGAUCUGAAACGUUGCUUAUUCAUUCCCUCCACAGAUGCUACCGGAUCCACUGGGUUACUCCAGCAUUUUGUACGUUACACUUCAUUACAAGUUUAAGUAUCUUCAAGCCUGAGCCAAUGGUCUGCAAAAUACCUUAAAAAAAAAGUAUAUGAAGCAUAAUAAAAUAAGAGUUCUGACAAUGUGUCUUUGACCUGAAACGUUAACACUGUUUCUUUAGCCAUAGAUGCAGCUUGAACUACUGAGUAUUUCCAGCAUUUUCUGUUUUUAUAUUAAGUACAUGUGAAUUUCCAACAUUUAAACUACUUUUGCAAGCUUGUGUUUGGUACCUUCACCUUCCAUGAAUGUCGACUUCAUGUUGAACUGAUGUCCAGCACAACAUGCAAUUACGGAAAAUGAUUUAUUGUGAGUCGCACCCCUAGUUUUCCACAUUUUACAAACUCGUGAAAAUGUGAGCUGCUUUUAGCAAACUUUACAUAUAGCAAGUCUACUUUUAUGAAAUGAAGAAUGUUGAAUGUGAACAAGGUUAUGCUUUUAUACACUAACAAGCAUGUAGAAAUCUUUUUACUACCAACACAAUUUGCCCUUGGUUCUUAAAUAGGUUGUACAGUUUCUCCAGCAGAAGGUCUGUUGGAUGCAAGGUAUUAUGUAUUGCAUUGAAAUGAAAUAUGAAGAUCUUUAUUUCUAGUGAUAUGAAGUUAGUACUUUUGAAGUAUUUUGAAAUUGAAUUACUUGGAAGAAAUGAGAUAUAAAUAUGAGAUAGAGGAUUCCUGUUAUAUUAACAUCUACACUAAUCCAUUUGAGUAAAUGUAAGGCAGUUGCUCAGUGGUCUUUAUUAAAUAUUUUCAGUGAGGCUAAUUUUGCCACCAUUUAAAAGAUAUCAAUCAAUUUAUUUCCGUCUGCACUUCCUGUUUAAAUUAUUUCCAUUGCAGCUCGCUGCAUUAAUAUUUACGUUGGAAAUUACCUUGGUAAGCUGUCAUACUCCAAUACAGGUUGCUGUACCACUUCCUGUUACUGUUGGAGUGUAACAGAUGACAACAUGCAUUUUCCAUUCAAAAUGUUGAUAUGAAAAGUUACAGCAGAGAAGUCUAAAAAGACAACGGGUCACGUUUCGGGUUCAGACUGAAGUAGGGUCUCGACCCGAAAUGUCUCCCAUUCCAUCUCUCCAGAGAUGCUGCCUGUCCCGCUGAGUUACUCCAGCAAUUUGUAUCUAACCUCUAAAAAGACAACGAUUUGAAUUGGGACUGAAUUAUUUCUCCAUUUCAUGUUCCAAUUAUUCUGGCCCCUUAAAUCCUGCAGAUGAGGUCCACAGUUGUCCUCCACUCCCUAUGUCUAUUAUAACCAGAGUUUAGUUAAAGAUAAUUGAUGGAUUUUACAUUUUUUUAAAAAAUAAAUGGAAAUUAAUUUAACAUAAAACGGCAGACUUCAACUAAUCAUUACUUCAUAGGAGGUCCUAAUAACAGUUGGGAUGUAGAAUCUUUUGGAGUUUGUCACUAAACUUCAGCAAAGACAACCAGCUUGAGUUGAACCACUCCUUGGGUAGAAAGGUUUGAAGAACGGUUGGAUGAAGGCAACCAAUGUUUAUUAGUGUUUUUCCAUCAGUUAUUGGACAACCAGGGACAGUGAUGUGCGCUGUGGUUAAGAUAUGCCCUUUCCUGCCAAAUGCAGGGAUAGAGCAUGCGUAUCGAAUUAGAAUUUAACUUGCCGUUUAAAUGCACUAUUCUAUUGAUAAAUACUGUGUUCAACGUGACACUUUUUAAGCUGUAAUAGUUAUGAUUUGAUUUGUGUUUUAGUGCCCAUUUUGUGGAACUCAAAACUGUUUUUAAAUGUGUGAAUGAAUAGAGAAGUAGGAUGUAGGAAUAUUUUUACCAUCACUUUCUGUUUCUUUGGCACGUUCUGCCUUUUUUGUUGGUUACUUUCAGCCUCUGCAACACAUUUGAAAUGAACCAGUGUAUGAGAGAGAGCAAAUAAAAUAUGACUAAUUAUGACAAUCA